UUCUUAAAAAAGCUCUUUACGUUUCUCUCUCUCUAAUUGCCUGCUAUGAUGCAAGAAUUAGGCUUAGAACGUUUCUCAAACGACGUCGUUCGCUUAGACCUCACUCCUCCUUCUCAAACCUCAUCUACUUCUCUCUCCAUCGACGAAGAGGAAUCAACGGAAGCCAAGAUCCGACGGCUGAUAUCGGAGCAUCCUGUGAUCAUCUUCAGUAGAUCUUCAUGUUGCAUGUGCCACGUCAUGAAAAGACUCUUAGCAACGAUCGGCGUAAUCCCCACCGUCAUCGAGCUCGACGAUCACGAGGUUUCUUCUCUCCACACGGCUCUAGAAGAAGAAUAUUCCGGCGAAGUCUCCGCCGUUGUUCCUCCGCCGGCGGUUUUCAUUGGCCGUGAGUGCGUCGGAGGUCUUGAGUCCCUCGUCGCUCUUCACUUAAGUGGUCAACUUGUUCCUAAGCUUGUCCAAGUUGGAGCUCUUUGGGUAUGAUUGUAAUUUACCUCAUCUUAGUACUUGUCUUAAUUUGAAUAGGUGCAAAAGAAAAAAGAAAUUAGGGUUUCUCUUCAAUUGCUCAUGAAAGCCAAAUUCUGAUUAUCAUCAGGUGAUCAAAAUUAAAUACCCAUGUAGAAAAUGAAUUAUGAAUAAUUAA